GUCUUUCUCGUCGUCUGGUCGCAAUCAAAUUUAUCGCAACAAAUCCCUUCCGACGUAAACUUUGUCCUUGAUAAGAGGCUAAUAUUUAUUUGGAAUUUCGGACCUCGUGAUAAACAUGGGUGCUCCCGUAAUCUUGUGUGGCAGGACCGAGAGAAUUGGCGAGGGCGUCAUCGCACUUCUCAAGCCCGAGUUCGAAGUCAUCCAUUUUAUCCUGUCGCCCGAGGCCGGAGCGGUCGAGAUCCCCGCCAUCUUCCGGGGCGAGCAGCCGCCGCCGCCGUCCGGGACCGCACUGGGCAGCAAGGACUAUUCACAGCCACCCGUGGCCGUCAUUCUAGGCGGAUGCUACGACGACGCCGACAUCGAACUUCUGAUGAAGGCAAGAUGGAGGAGGAGAUCGUUCACUGGUCUAAUCUAA